CAAGAACUUUAAAUGAUGGCUUUCACGCUGAGCCGCGUUGCAGCUGUGUUGAUCUUCUUUAUGCAAGAUGUUACAUCUCAACUAUCAGAUUGUGGUCAACCAGCUCUGAACUCCAGGAUUGUUGGAGGACAGGAUGCUCCUGCAGGGUCCUGGCCCUGGCAGGUCAGUCUGCAGAGACCUGGACACUUCUGCGGAGGAUCGCUCAUCAACAACCAGUGGGUGCUGACGGCCGCGCACUGUUUUUCUAGCACCAACCCGUCCGGCGUGACGGUACGUCUGGGUCUGCAGAGUCUCCAAGGAUCAAACCCAAAUACGGUCUCUCGAUCAAUAACAGAGAUAAUCCGACAUCCGGACUACAGCUCAACCACAUUUCAAAAUGACAUCGCCCUCCUAAUGCUGUCCUCACCGGUCAGUUUCAACAACUACAUCGCUCCUGUGUGCGUGGCAGCAGCCAGCAGCUCCUUCUACAGCGGCACCAACACCUGGGUCACCGGCUGGGGCAACACUGGAAGUGGAGUCCUCCCUGCCCCACAAACCCUCCAAGAAGUACAAGUACCGAUUGUGGGAAACAGACAGUGUAAGUGCAACUAUGGAGCCAGCACCAUCACCGAUAACAUGGUGUGUGCCGGGUUACCAGAAGGAGGCAAAGACUCUUGUCAGGGAGACUCAGGAGGUCCGCUGGUGAUUAAGCAGAACGACCGCUGGAUCCAGGCAGGGAUCGUGAGUUUUGGAGAAGGUUGUGCUCAACCUAAUUACCCAGGAGUCUACACAAGAGUGUCCCAGUAUCAGACCUGGAUCAACACUCAAAUCACCAGUAAUCAGCCGGGGUUUAUCGCCUUCACCUCCACCGGAACAGACAGUGACCUCAGUGUGUCGUGUUCGGGAGUUCCGGCAGUCGUUCUCGCAGGAACAACUAAAGCUACAACAACCACAGCUACAACAACCACAGCUACAACUACCUCACCUACUUCUCAAACCACUACACCUAAAGCUGUGGUUUGUGGACGUGCCAGACUGAACUCAGGUGUUUUGGAUGGAAGUUCAGUGGCGACUGCAGGUCAGUGGCCGUGGAUGGCGAGUCUGCAGAAGAACGGACAGCACGUGUGCGGAGGAACGCUGGUGUCUUUAGACUACGUGAUGAGCAACGCUAACUGCUUCUCAGGUUCUGCUGUGGCGUAGUGGACGGUCGUGUUGGGUCGUCUGAAGCAGGACGGAUCAAACCCCUUUGAGGUGUCGCUGAAAGUGACGAGCAUCAUCCUCAGCAACCUGACGGGCUUCAACAUCGGAGUGAUGCAACUGUCAAACCAGCCCUCCCUGUCGGAUUAUAUCCAGCCCAUCUGUCUGGACGGCGGCAGAACCUUCCCUGAAGGAGCCACGUGCUGGGCAGCGGGCUGGAGUUCUGGUCGGGGAGGAAGUGAGCAGGUUAUGCAGAAGUUCCAAACCUCAGUGUUGACCUGUGGAGGAGCGUCGUCCACCAACAGUAUUUGUACGAGUGUCUUCUCUCUGCAGCAGGGUGACUCUGGAGGGCCUCUCAUGUGUGAGCAGGGCGGAUCCUGGUUCCAGGCUGCCGUCCUGCCUUUGGAAAACAGCUCGUCCAGGAAAAGACGGGCUGAUUCUCCCAUGGUUUUUGUCAAACUGAGUCAUUUUCGGGACUUCCUGGUUCAGACGGUGGGACCUUUCUACUCUCCGGCCUCCAGCAGCAGCGGAGCCGCUCAGAAUAGCUGGAUGUUGAGCUUCCAUCUCUGCUUCCUCGCCUUCAGCCUCCUUCUCUGAGAAAGACUCGUGGAGGUCAAUAAUGUGAAAUCACUUUGAUUUAUUACAAAUGCAAACGUCUAUGACUUUGUGCAAUAGCAUGGAGUAGCUCCUGAUAAUUAAUUAUACGUAUUUCUGAUCAACUGUGAUUUGAAGCUAUAUUUCUCUUGUUUAUGUGAGAAACUCUAAAGUAAAUUGUUCAAAUCUACUCGAUUUUCUUUGUUUUUAGAAAAUCAGUUUGAUAAAAAAGAUUUCCCUUUUGAUGAAUCAGAAUUAAUGGAUGUUCUGUGGAUUUUGGAGCUUUGAGCAACAAUGUCGAAGAAAUGUUUAAUUAUGAAAAAGGCUGCUAUGUAAAUUUCUGUGUGAUGUUUUAAAUGUAUUUUCUUGUAUAAAAAUAUGUUUUGUUGUUUACCAAUUGCAAGCUGCAAAAGCAGUGCACAUUUUUGAACAAAAACU